CGCUACUAUAUAUAUAGAUGAAAAUCUAUAGCUCCUGUACUUCUUCAAAAGCUCUCUUCUUUUUUCUCUCACGAAACCAGAAAUCCUCUCUCAAAAAUCAAAAUCACGAUCGAUCUCCUUUUCCAGGGCUUAUGUAUGCCUCACUUCUAUCCUCCUGGAUUUUGAACGGAAAGUGAAAAUCCGGAGAAGUGAAAAUCCGCUUGGUGAGAGUUGCUGUUGUUGAAUUGAUUGAUGGUGGUGGUGUGGAAUUAGGGUUUUGGAAAUGAUGGGAUUGGGAAUUUCGCUUGUGCGGGUGCUUGCAAGCUCGUAUGAUUACUAUAGUGGAUCUUUUAUUGCCUGGUUAAUUACAGCUGCUUUAGGAUUUUUAGUUAUUGUUUAUAGAUUAAUUAAUUGGCAUAAAAGAGCAUCGCAAAAAUGGGUUAAAGCUGCGGCUAAAGCGAAGAAGCAAGUUUGGAAAAAGUUAAAUGUUCCGCGGUCUAGUCAUUUAUGGAUUGAAGAUUUAGCUUAUGGUCAAAAACAGCCUUCUGCAUGCUGUGUUUGUUUGACUUCAUUGGUGUUACCAUAUAAUGGCUGUAGUGCGUCGUUGCGUAGUGAUUUUGUGCACCGUUGUGUUGUUUGUGGUGCGGCGGCUCAUUUUAAUUGUUCUGAGUUUGCGGUGAAGGAUUGUAAGUGUAUUGCGCAAGCAGGGUCUAGCCAUGUGAGGCAUCACUGGUCAGAGAGAUGGUUUAAUAUGGAUGAGAAUCCUGAGAUGAGUGUGUUUUGUUCUUACUGUGAUGAACCGUGUGGUGUUACUUUUAUUGAUGCUUCACCGACGUGGCAUUGUUUGUGGUGUCAGAGGCUCAUUCAUGUGAGAUGUCAAGCUAAAAUGUCAAAAGAAUCUGGUGAUGUUUGUGAUUUGGGUUCCCUUAGGAGGAUUAUUCUUUCGCCACUCUGUGUGAAGGAAGUUGAUGGAGGAAACAGUUUAAGUUUGAUCACUGAGGAAAUUAUAGCCUCUUCUGUUCGUGGGCAGAUGAGAAGAAAGCAGCGCAGCAGAGGCAAACAUGGAGAUGAUCGCCCUGUUAAUGGUAAGUUGCAGGGUGCAACAACUGCCAAUAGAAACUUGGAUUUUGUGUUGAAUGGGUUUGCUGGAUUGAACAGAUCCAGCAGCGAGACUGAUUUCCACUGCUUAAAGAAGAAUGGCAGGAUAAAGUACACACUUAAUGGCCUAAUGCAUAAUAAAGGUGGAACUGCAAUCUGUGAACAAGUUAAGAAGUAUGCAUUGGCUGAUUUGGCUCAAGAUGCAAGGCCCCUUUUGGUCUUCAUUAAUUCCAAGAGCGGAGGUCAACUUGGGCCUCUUCUUCGAAGGACACUGAACAUGCUGUUGAAUCCUGUACAGGUAUUUGAAUUAAGUGAUUUGCAGGGGCCUGACAUUGGUUUGGAGUUAUUUAGCAAGGUGCGGUAUUUUAGAGUUUUGGUCUGUGGUGGAGAUGGAACCGUUGCAUGGGUCCUUGAUGCUAUUGAGAGGCGCAACUUUGAAUCUCCACCACCUGUUGCUAUUAUUCCCCUUGGUACAGGAAAUGAUUUAUCAAGGGUCUUGCAAUGGGGAGGAGGCUUCUCAAAGUUUGAUGGACAAGGUGGCUUAUGCACACUUUUGCAAGAUAUCGACCAAGCUGCAGUUACAAUGCUAGAUCGCUGGAAAGUAAAUAUCAAAGAAGAGAAUUCAGAAGGGUAUAUGGAAAGAGAACAAUCCAAAUUCAUGAUGAACUACUUAGGUAUUGGAUGUGAUGCUAAGCUUGCAUAUGAAUUUCACAUAACACGUCAAGAGAAUCCUGAGAAGUUCAGUAGUCAGUUUGUGAAUAAAUUGCGAUAUGCCAGAGAAGGUGCCAGAGAUAUGAUGGAUAGAGCUUGUGCUGACUUACCAUGGCAGGUUUGGCUUGAAGUUGAUGGGAAAGACAUACAGAUUCCAAAGGAUUGUGAGGGUUUAAUUGUGCUGAACAUUGGCAGCUAUAUGGGGGGCGUGGAUCUUUGGCAAAAUGACUAUGAACAUGAUGAUGAUUUCAGUCUUCAAUCCAUGCAAGAUAAAAUGCUUGAAGUUGUAAGUGUCUGUGGAGCAUGGCACCUCGGCAAACUUCAGGUUGGACUUUCACAAGCAACGAGGCUAGCACAAGGGAAGGCCAUCAAAAUACAUGCUUCAAGUGCUUUCCCAGUUCAGAUAGAUGGGGAACCAUUCAUCCAUCAACCUGGUUGCUUAGAAAUAACGCAUGAUGAACAGGUGUUCAUGUUGAGGAGAGCCUCUGAGGAGCCCAGAGGCCACGCAGCUGCCAUUAUGACAGAGGUUUUGGCAGAUGCUGAGUGCAAAGGAGUCAUCAAUGCAUCUCAGAAGAAAUUACUUCUGCAGCAACUGGCUCUCAAUCUAUCCUAGAUUCCAAAUUCUAAACCCCUCCUCUUUUUGCCUGCUAAUAUCUCGCUUUUUGUCCCACUAACAUAUUGCGUGUCCUUCCUCGCAUUCCUUUCUGGACCAUGCACUUUGACCAUGGAGGGAAUGCCACUUUCACAUCCUUUUUUCUUUCCUUAAUUUUUUUUUGGGUCACUCUUUUUGACCAUAACGGGAUCUUUCCUUUUUUAACUGAACUCUUUUGUAGAAGCAAUUGGAAACCCGAAAGUGAGACUGACAGCCCCACGAGACGCCAGCAAGCCAGCUGACAUAGGAUCCUUGUAAAUGAAUGCUAUGAGAGAUUGUAAAUGAGAGUUUUGUGCCUGUUGUGACACACACACACACACACACACCCCAUACAUAUUACAAACAGAAAUUAUACCAUAUAGAAACAUUUGUCUUUUGAAUUUUUCCUUUACGAUUAUCGAAAUCUCAUUUUAUUUUA